AACAAAACCUGAUACGAUUAACCAUGGUAAUUUUCCAUUUUUUCUAUGACAAAUUGAUCGAACUAUUUGAAUCAAUUCUAAUUUGAUUAAGUCUCGAAUUGCCGAUUAAUUUUUAUCAUUGUAUCUACUAUUAAAAUGCGGUGGGUUUCCAGUGGCUGAUCUAUGACUAUUAAUUCAAUCUAAUAUCCACGUAGACCCAACAAAAAAUAAACACGACUUAAAAAAUUUGCCGACUGAAAAACUUGCAAAUGCAAAUGAUAAAAAAUAUACUAAACUUAUUUGUAAAUAUUAUAAUGGGUAGUGAAACCUUGUCGCGGAAUUGUUCCUGAACGUUUCCAGAAAAUGAAGAUAUACUGUCACGUAAAGUUUUGCAGUCGACUACGUAAUCGGUGAACGAGUUCCGUAAUUUUUACUGAUUAUUUAUCUUCGUGUGGCACAAGACCGAUCCGUCACAAUUACUUUUCCAGAUUUGGAUUGCAGAUUAAAGAACACUUUUCUCACCAGUAAUAAAAUCAUUUCUAGGUUGCUAAGCCCGAAAAUCGCUUUUUAACAGGCAGCGAGCUGACAAAAUGUUGCGUGUCAACAGGCGGUAAAAUUGUUAUCCGAACCGUGCAAUUAUAAUUGACGUCUUCAUUUCGAAUUGCAAAGUCGCAUGCGUUAGAUAAUACAGUAAACUCUCCGAUACCUAAGGGAUUGUCCGGGAGUGAGAAACCAUUGGGAAUUGGAUAUUCCCAUGUGAGAUAGUUCAUUAGCAACGGUUUAAGUGAUUAAGACGUUAUUGCCGAUAUGUUAAAGCCUCAAUGUUCCCCGUAAAAAAUUGAAACUCAAGUAUAUCUAUCUAACUAAUUUAAUUCAGCCAUUAAACGUUUUUUUGCACAUUAAGUACUGUCUUUAUCAACAAUUUUGUCCCUCUUCAUUCUCCCUCUCGUUGUAAUUCUCGCUCAAGAACAAAGUGGCAUUCAUCAACGAAGGACAUCAUAAAAACAUCAAAUCAUGAUCAUUUCUUCCAGCCGCUUAUCGUGGCAAAGCCAAAGGAGAAUUCUGUAUGCAGAUUCAUGGAGAAAUGAAAAUAAUUGAAUGGAUAAAAUGAAGGAGAGACCAGGAAAGAAGGAGGAACAAGAAACAAUGGCUCAUUUGUUAAGUAGUCAAUCCCUCUUGACACCGUCGGAACGCACAAUGAAACACUAUUAUCAACUAUUUAUCAACGAAUUAGAGUCCAAAAUUUUCUAUAGUUAGAGUCAUAUUUUUUUAUGUAAUAGAGAUAAAUCAUAGUGUUGGAUAAGCAAACCAUGAGCAAAAGAAAUAAUACCAUACCCCAAUCGAAAAUGAUUGGUCUUCACUAAAUAGGGGCUACCUCCCACCCAAUCUUUUUCAAGACAUGAUCAAGUGGAAACAAGGUCGUAUGAGCCGUGGGCACGAGUUAAUUCUCUCUCUCUUUUUACAUCCUUGUGAGUAAAAUGAAAAGGAGAGAGGAUCCCCCUCAUUGUGUGCGAAGAGCACCAAAGGGGACGAAAGGAAGGUGACGUUAAAAACUGGUUCUCCAUUGCCUCAAUCCUUCUGUUCGUAUGCCUUCGAUAGGAGGAUAUGAGCAUCCGCAACAACUGCAAAAUCACGCAAUUUUUGAAUUUUUAUGAUUUUUUUUUCGGCAAGUAGUUCAAAUCUUUUGCGUUCAUUGAUUCGACAUCAUCUAAAUCAAUUGAAUGAUACCUCGAUUUUACAUCUUUGCAGAAACAGGACAGAAGAAGAACUUUUCCACGAUAGGAAAGAAAAAGUUGUCCCAUUCCAACAAAGUCACUGACUUUUCUAUAAUUUUUUUAAUAUUACAUAAAAAUUUAAGUUUUUUUGUUUGGUAAUUUCUUGAAUAACACUUCGCUCCAGAAUUACCAAACUUUGUGGAUCAUAGUGAUUGAACUAUUUUGAACAUUCAUAGCAUUAUGCGUACGGGCCUUGUGUGCACGGAGACAACUACUCAGGAAAAAUUAUGGGCCUCGCAGUUCGCUCACCGAUUACGUAGUAGUCAUUAAAUUGUAUCAGUAGAUUAAACUUUAAAAAGUAGACGCCACAAUGUUAUUAGAUAAAGGAUGUAUGCAUACAUUUCUAAAAAGGUAUUAAUACAUUGUCAAAAGAAAAUUAACUUCUGGUGAAUGACAGAUAACAACCACAGGUGUCUUAACAAACCUCUGCAGUGUAUAAAUGGGGACCUAAUUCGACGCAACAGAAAAUAUACACAAGCAAGUACAUAUGAGCGAACCAUUGACGAUUAUUUAGCUACUAAACAAUACAAUUGUGAUUACGAUCACAGCUCGCUGAGAAAGAAAUACAAUUUGGUCAAUCAUAUUUGCUCCGCAUUCAAACAAGGCAAACAAACUCCUCAAACUUCCUCUUGUAAAUUACCUGCCUCGAACUAUCUACCCAUUUCUUCUAUUACAUUUGUGGCCAGCUGCAUCUGAAAAUUAACCAUAUUAAAUUGACAACGUUUCAACAAUUGAUCUUUUAGUUCGUAAUAUCGUAAUAUUGGAUAUCACCUGUAGCAAUAAUUCCAUAUGAUAAGCAUCGGAACCAGGCAUAUCAAACAUCAAAUAGAGCCCAAUAAACUUCUACUUCACAUCGAUUAAAAUUUACUUACUUACAUGAUAUUUUGAAUGAUGUUUUGGUUAGUCAUAUUAUUAAUGACUAAUAUUACUCCCAGCAAUAAUCAGAUGGGAUAGCCAUCUGGCCCAGGCAUAUGAAAAAUCAAGUAGGUCCCAAUGAACUGUUACUUCACAUCACUUAAAUUUUAGUCGUACUUAUCCCACAUGAAUAACUUUGAAUUAACAAUUAUUCUCAUCUCGCAUAUGUAUCCGCAACCAGUGUGCACACACUCUUAACCCGGUGUUGGGACUGGGUAAGAUAGGGAUCUCUGGUGCGUUGCGAGAGACUCGAGCCUGCAGGCUUUUUCUUAUUGAGUCAGUCGUCAGUCAGUCAGUUACUUAGCCACUGCUACGGUCUUCGCAACAGCUCAACGUUUAAUCUGUUCCGUAUUUUAAUAAUCAAUUUGGCAACAAACUCCAAAAAAAAUAAAUAAGAAGAAAAUCAUAUAUUGGGAGAAUAAUUCGAUUUAUCUAUUGAAUAGAGAAGUCUUUAUUCGGUCGAUUGAGUCAAAAGGAUAAAAAGUCAUUUAAAGGAUCCGUAAAAUUGUUAAUUUCACGGUUGUUACACGGGGACUGCUGGGCGGUAUACCAUAAGGAAAGGGUAUUGAGUUGGACUGGAAAGCAUCAUCCUGGUGCCGCCGCGAAAGACAAGCACCUGCCAACGACGAUGCCGUGGGCCUCGUCCAUCAUAUUUACUAUAUUCCUUCUUCAAAUUGGCCAGGUUAUUACUAGACAUCAUCGAUCAGGAAAUUCACAUAAACCAGAAGGUGAUAUAUCGCUGUGGAUUGAUCGACAACAAAUUAAAAUGUUCAGUGGAUUAGAGAUGGAGAUCUAUGCAAUAAGCGAGGGGAGAGUGCUAUCGUAUUUACUCGAUCCAGAAUUCGAGAUUAAACUUCCAAUAAUACCUAGUGAGGUCUCUUACGUAAAUUUAACGUGGAAGUCUGGCGUUAAAAGGUACACCUACAAUUUCUAUCAACUACAGUCACUAGAUGAAUCCAUUUUGAAAACUCCGUCAAUUACGAUUAAAUCCAAGGGGCGAGUACCAAGAAAGCCAAAAGAGUUCAGUAUUAAUUUACCAUGCUCUGGAAAUAAUUCCGGCAUAGUACAAUUUGGAAUUGGUCUCAUGAUUGAAACGCGCAAGCAUAAACCACUCAACGGAACACCUCUUCAUUUCAGCCUGAGAAAAGAAUGUACCGUGCGCGGUGAGUGCGUCAGUCGCGCCCAAGAUCACCACUUCUCCACUCACACAGACAAACCAAAUCCUGGCCCAUGUCCAGACGGUUACUUAGGACCUCCACAUUGCAAAAAAGCUCUGUGUUAUCCAGCCUGCAUGAAUGGGGGUAAUUGCACUGCACCAGGAGUUUGUUCCUGCCCUCCAGGCUUUCAAGGUCCCAACUGCGAAGGAGGAAUAUGCACGGAAAAAUGCUUGAAUGGGGGUAAAUGCAUACAGAAGGAUACUUGCGAGUGUCCGAAAGGAUAUUUCGGUCUACGUUGUGAAUUUUCGAAAUGUGUCAUUCCGUGUUUAAACGGUGGAAAGUGUAAGGGCAACAACAUAUGCAGAUGUCCAACUGGCUUCAAAGGUGAUCAUUGUGAAAUUGGUAGACGUUCACCCCAAAGAUCAGCGUGCACUCGUGCCUGCAGAAAUGGUACCUGCCAACCUGACAACACAUGCUUAUGCGACCCUGGCUGGUUUGGAAAGUUGUGCAACAAGAAUAAACCAUGGGCUUAAGCACGGACGGAGGAUAGAAAACGAGGAACAACAAAAAGAACGAAACUAAAUGCUUCUCAAUGACUUCAGUAUUUCACUUUUUUUUCUACUGUCGUACAUAUACGUAUUUCUUAGUAUUAAUCAUUAUAGGCUAUAUUCUUAAUUUAAAAUGCGUUGGAAAAUUGACUCAGUGACGUUUGGGAUUGACGAGAGAUGAGAGGUGAAUCCUGAAUCAGAUUGUGAUAUGUAAAGCUGCUUUACAAAAUGAUCGAUAUUUUUUUUAUUGUUAAAGACGAAACAAUUGUACAUUAAUAAAGUAUUUUUACGAUUCUCAA